CUGUUUCGAUUAAGAUCGACGCAGUAUUAAAAAACAAUGUUUUUCGAUUUAAGUGACAACAAAACUUAAAAAAUGAAGUUUUUCAUGAUUAACCUCUUGGCUUUACUAAUUGGAGUUAUUACUUUCACAGAAACAACUAGAUCACCAGUAUUUUCACAGAAUUCCUAUCAUAUUCAAGUCUACGAAAAUGUGAAAGGAACUAAAGUAACAUCAAUAGAGGACAAAGUAUCUGAUCCUGACAUCAAUACAGUUUUACAAUUUUUCUAUUCUGGUACCAAUUACGAACUAUUUGCCCUGAUAGAUGGGGUUCUAUAUUUCGAUGUAGACUACUUUUUGGACGGUCCACGCCCUAGGCCUAGUAAUGUAAGUUUAGUAGUCACUGCAGCAGACAGAACUGGGCUAACAGCAACUGCAGCUUUCGAUAUUGAAAUACUGAAAGUUAAUUUACCAACGACUACCGAGGUACCACAAAUCACCACCCCUGGAACUUCUCUAUUUACCAUAAAUACGACGGAUACCACAGAUACUACGGAUACCACAGAUACCACGGAUACCAUGGAUACCAUGGAUACCACAUUAACCUACGACACGAAUUCGUCAACUGGCGUUACUACUGUAGGCUUUUCAAUAGAUACUACAACUAGACCACCAGUAUUUUCACAGAAUUCAUAUGUUAUUAUAGUCAAUGAAAAUGUGAACGGAACAGAGGUAACGUCAAUAAAGGACAAAGUAACCGAUCCAGACUUCAAUACAGUUUUAGAAUUUUUCUACUCCGGUCCCGAUUACGAACUAUUUGUCCUGAUAGAUGGCGUUCUAUAUUUCAAAGGGGACUACUUUUUGGACGGUUCACGCCCUAGUAAUGUAAGUUUAGUAGUCAGUGCAGCAGACAGAACUGGGCUAACGGCAACUGCAGCUUUCGAAAUUGAAAUACUGGAUGUUAAUCAAUUACCAGUGCUCCAUAAUUUACCAUCGAGUGCCGAGAUACCGGAAAUGACCACCCCUCGUAUUAACCUGUUUAAGAUUAAUGCCACGGAUAGAGAUAGGAAUACUGUGUUAACCUACGGGAUGAUUCCUUCAGCUGCCGUUACUGCUGCAGACUUUGAAAUAGAUACCACAACUGGCAUCAUUACCUUGGUUACUGGCAAUGUUAUGGAUUAUGAUUCAAACAGUGUAAAAAACUUCACAAUCGAGAUAACGGUGUCAGAUCAAACAGCAACAUCUACCAGUACACUGACAGUCACGGUUACAAAUGUAGAUGAAGCACCAGUAUUUGAUAGUUCUUUUAAUGGUAAUGUCACUAUACCUGAAGGAAAGGCAGGAGAAAUUGUGUUUAGUGAUAUAAAGAAUUUUGUCACCGAUCCUGAAUCCAAUAUAGUUACCUUUGACCUCCAGACAGGACUGCAUGCGGAGAAAUUCAGCAUCGAUCAGACCAGUGGAACCAUCACUUAUGCUGCAGAUUACAAUGUGGAUCCUGCAGGGUUACCAGGGCAGGUGACUCUGGUGGUAUUAGCAAAGGAUAGCACAGAUCUAUCCAGUAGUGUGACGAUGGUAAUUGAGAUCACUGAUGCUAAUCAAGCACCAAGAUUUAACAACUUACCAGGAACUAUUAUCGUUGAUGAGAACACUGCAUCGUUAACAGAUGUUUUCACAUUCAACGCAACAGAUCCUGAUUCUAAUGAUGUAUUAACAAUAACUGUAACUGUACCAGUGGCAGAAUUCACCCUUUCAGUUUCAGGGGACGUUUUGUCUGUAUCAUCGGGUGCAACUUUAAAUUAUGAAGUAGAAAAUUCCUACACGAUGACAUUCCAAGUAUCCGAUGGAGUUCUAACAGAUACCCAAACACUUACCAUAAAUAUUAAAGAUGUUGCAGAGGCUCCAGUCUUUACAGAACCAAAUUACUUAAUUACAAUGGAUGAAUCAAUGAAAGGAACAGAACUUACAACACUAACAGGUAGAAUCACUGAUGAUGACGGCCAAACUACUUUUGCCUAUACUCUGACCGGGAAUGAUGCUAAUAAAUUUAUCAUCAACAACGGCAAAAUACUCUUUGAUGUGGAUUAUUACGUUGGCGCUUCACCUGCUAAACCCGACCUGGGCGUGGUAGCCAGGGACAGCAGUGGAUUAAAUGCCACAGCAACUUUCGAUAUAACGAUUCUUGAUAUCAAUCAAGCUCCAGUUUUCACAAAUCUUCCCAACAGUAACCAGCUCCCUGAGAUAGUUGAUCCUGAAACCGUUUUAUUCACAGCUUCAGUCAAUGAUCCAGAUCAAGCAGAUACUAUAACCAUUGCAUGGACACUGCCAGCAUCUGGAAUUGAUCCUGCCGAUUUUAGUUUAGAUCCAUCAACUGGCGUCAUAACUCUUGUAACAGGAAAUGUGAUGGAUUUUGAAGCAAGCAGUGUUAAAUUUUUUACCAUUGAGUUAACAGCAUCAGAUGGAACACUAACAGUUACCAGUACUCUAACAAUAACAGUUACAAACAAGAAUGAACCUCCAAUAUUCAACAGCACUUGGACACAAAUAGUAUCAGCACCUGAAGGAAAGAUGGGCGACACUGUGUACAGUGAUUUAUCCACUGUUGUAACUGACCCAGAAGGCAAUAUUGUUAGAUAUGCUAUCCAAAAUGGACUCAAUUCUGACAAGUUCUAUAUACAUCCAUUCAGUGGCAUCAUUACAUAUGAAGAGAACUAUAAUGUUGAUCCUGCUGGACUACCACCUCAAGUACUUCUCACAGUAGCUGCUGUGGAUACAUCAUCAUCAUUGUCCAGUACUGCUACAAUGACUAUUAACAUCAUGGAUGCAAAUCAGCCUCCCAAAUGGACAAACCUACCAGCUACUAUUGAUGUCAGGGAGGAUGAAGCACCAGGAAACACGGUGAUUACCUUCACAGCCUCGGAUCCAGAUUCUUUGGAUGUUCCUGCAUUAGUAUUUUCAGAACUUGGUGGGACAACAGAUUUAGUAGUUAUAGGUGCAAAUCUUGAUAUAGUUUCUAUAGAUUUUGAAACUAAACAGAUGUAUACAUUGACUAUUCAAGUCACUGAUCCAGCUGGAGGAACAGACAACCAAACACUUACAAUAAAUAUUAAAGAUGUUCCAGAACCACCAGUGUUCAAUCAAAUUCCUAAUUAUAUGUUAACUAUUCCAGAAGGAGUGAAAGGAACUAUUGUGGCAUCAAUACCAGAUAAGAUUACUGAUGGUGAUAAUGACACGUUUUUUACCUACGAACUAUCAGGAACCGACGCCAGUAAAUUUACAGUUUUAGCUAAUGGAAGUAUUCUAUAUGAUGUUGACUACUAUCUAGGAAUGUCACCCCCAACGGCCACCAUAACAGUCACGGUAUCAGAUCUCACAUCCAAAACGGCAACCACAGAUUUUAUUUUCACCGUUACCAACGUCAAUCAACCACCUAUAUUUACUAAUUUACCAAACAGUACUAACGUAGCAGAAAUAGUAACACUACCUCACCUGUUAUUUAGGGCCAUGGCUUCAGAUCUUGAUGCAGCUGAUAUUCCAGGUCUGGACUAUUCAAUGAGUGUAUCUGAUUCAGUCUCUGCUGCAGAUUUUUUCCUUGAUAUAACAACUGGAGCUAUCACACUUACCAAUGGUAAUGUUAUGGAUUAUGAUACAAGUAUUACAAAGUCUUUCACCAUCAACAUGACGGUCACUGACAAUAAAUCAACCAGUACUGGAACCUUGACUGUCACUGUUACUAACGUAGAUGAACCACCAAUAUUUAACAGUUCAUGGACAAAAUCUACAUCAGCAAUGGAAGGAAAGGCGGGUCAAACAGUGUACAACGAUUUACAAAAUGUUGUUUCGGAUCCUGAGGGAAACCCUAUUACAUACACUAUCCAACCAGGGACCCACUCGGAUAAAUUCUCAAUAAAUCCAUCCACUGGACUCAUCAGCUACGAUGUAGAUUACGACACAGAUCCAAGUCAAACCAAUUUUCCGAAUACGGUGGUACUGACCAUUGUCGCAACAGAUUCCACGAAUCUUUCAACCAGCGAUACCCUGACCAUUAACAUCAAUAGCGUAAAUCAACCACCCCAGUUUACCAAAUUCCCAACACCAGUGGAUAUUCUUGAAAACACAGCUCCGCUUGAUGUAGUGUUUACAUUCACGGGAACUGAUCCAGAUUCAGCAGAUAUUCCAUUGCUAACAUAUUCGAUACUCAAUGGAGUGGACAAAUUUACCGUUUCAGGUUCUGAUCUGAUAGUAUCUAAUGGUGUUAUACUGGAUUAUGAAACAAAAACUUCCUAUAUUCUUGAGAUGCAAGUUUCCGAUGGUAAAAGUACUGAUAAUCAGACAUUGACAAUAAAUAUACAAAAUGUUGAAGAACCUCCGAUGUUCCAACAAACUACUUAUACAUUAAAUAUCCCUGAAGCAAAGAUGGGUACCGUAGUAAUAUCACCUCUAACGGCGUACAAUGUUAGUGACCCUGAACAGCAGGCCUUGACCUUCACCAUAACAGGAACACAUGCUGACAAGUUUACGAUAGAUCCAUUGAAUGGUGUCAUAUCGUACGCUGUGGACUAUUUCCUUGGAGCGCCAGCCUUUCCUAACUCACUAUCACUGACUGUUACUGCUACAGAUCCAUCGUCCAUGUCAGCCAGUGCCACUUUAAACAUAGCAAUCGACAAUCUCAAUCAGCCGCCAGAAUUUACCAAUUUACCAGACAAUGCUUCUUUACCAGAAAAUGUUGCCAUAGCAACCCCUAUAAUCACGGUCCAAGCCAGCGAUCCUGAUUCAAACCCCACCACUAUAAAAUUACUAAAUUCAUUGCCUACAAAUACUUUUUUUGAAUUUGACGGUACAAAUAACAUGGUAACAACGAAAACUGCGUUAGACUAUGAAUCACCAAAUAAACAAUUUGAAUUAACAUUUACCGUGGAAGACGCCAUGACAACAAGUACCGCAACUCUAACUAUUAUAAUUGAAGAUGUCAAUGAACCACCAACAUUCGCUCAGAACACAUUUACCUUAACACUGGAAGAAGGCAACAUGGGUACUACUGUUUUUGAAUCGGCUCAGUACGUCAACGAUCCAGAAAAACAACCUUUGAAUUACUCCAUAACGAUAGGAACCGGCUCGGACAACUUCCAGAUAGAUAUGACAACUGGGGUCGUGUCAUACGCUGUCAAUUACUACCUUGGAGGAACACCAGGUUUACCUGCUUCAGUAUCACUGGUUGUUGUUGCUACAGAUCACUCGUCACUGACGACCAGUACCACUUUAGAUAUUACAGUUUCUGAUGUGAACCAGCCCCCACAAAUCACGAAACCGCCACCAGUUCUUUACGUAAGAGAGAACGUAACCUUGAAUACUCUCGUCUACACCAUUAAUGCUAUUGACAAUGAUGGGGAGACGAUCCAGUAUGCAGAAAUAUAUACUUGGCCUGAAAAUACUGGAAUUUUAUUUGGUAUUGAUGCCACAAAUGGUGAGAUAAGAACUACAUCAGUAUUAGAUUAUGAAGCAUCAUAUAAACAACUACGAAUAUACUUUACGGCUGCCGAUUCCACGUCAACAAGCACAUCCAGUUUAACGAUCAACAUUGUUGAUGUUAAUGAACCUCCAACAUUUAGUCAGGCUUCAGAAACCGUUACAGUUCCUGAAGGAAAGGCUCAAUCUACAAUUAUACCAUCAUUACGUGUCUACGUCACGGAUCCAGAAAGUCCAACAGAAUCCAUCACCUUUAGCAUAAAUCCCAGUAAACAUUCCAAUAAAUUUACAAUUGAUAGAAAUACAGGUUCUUUGGUAUAUGCUGUGGAUUACGAUGUCGACGACAGUCAGUUUCCGAGUUCGGUGUCCUUAAGUAUCUCUGCUACUGAUCCCUUCUUUCUAUCCGGAACGGCCACGUUUAAUAUCAACAUAGUCCAUGUGAAUAAUCCACCAAUUCUGACCAAUUUGCCAAAGAAUGUUCUGAUUUCCGAAGAUGCUGCUUCUGGAACAAGUGUUUUUACAGCUAGUGCUAGGGAUGAUGAUCCAGGAGACACGCUCACGUUCAGUUUAGACAGAUCCACAUCAACAGUCCUCAGUCUGUUCCAAAUAGAUCCUACCAGUGGGGUGAUAACGACCAGAUCUACCAAUGGACAAAUGCUGGAUUUUGAAACUAUGCAAAACAGUCUGAAUAUAGAAGUUACCGUUAAAGAUGGAAGUGGUGAUUCCGUCACCAGGACACUGGCUAUCACCUUGUCUAAUGUCAAUGAACCUCCCCAAUUCACACCUGCUUUAAGAGUAUAUAGUGUUUCAGAGGGAAAGGCUGGAACUCAAGUAACACCAGGUUUCUCAUCAUCAGUAACAGAUCCUGAAGGAGGAACAGUCAACUUUAGACUGGUAUCUGGACCCAACUCUGACAAGUUCAGGAUAGAUCAAACCACAGGAGCCAUUAGCUUCGCUAGUGAUUAUGAUGCAGACCCAGCUCGAUCCCCAAGCAAUGUGAACCUUGUCGUGAUGGCUGUUGAUUCAUCAUCUCUAAGUUCUUCUGUCACUGUCAAUAUUCAGAUCCAGAAUGUGAACCAGCCACCAAAGUUCACCAAUCUUCCACUAAGUGUGUCUGUUCUCGACACAAGUUCUCCUGGCACAGUGAUCUUUACUGCUUCUGCAUCUGAUGAAGACACUGAUGAUACCCUGUCAUUUACCCUUAGUCCAAGAUCUGCACUGAAUUUAGUUAACUAUUUGGACAUAAAUGUUAGAACUGGUGAUAUAAUACUUUUAAAUUCUCUAACCUCUGCUGGUUCCAGUUUACAGUAUGAUAUUAAAGUUAGUGAUGGUACAGCAACUAUACAAGACAUACUAUCUAUAAAUAUAGUAAACACAGCCGUUGCUACAACUACUAUAAAUACUGAUGUUGCUACCCCAAAUACUAAUCAGCCCAGGAAUGCAGCAAGUAGUACUGAUGAUAGUCUUCCAAUAUCAACUAUACUACUUAUAGUAGCCAUUAUAGCCGUGGCAUUAUUUGCUAUUGGAAUAGGUGUAUACUGUUACAAAACUAAAUGUGCACCACCUAAAAAACGACGACGACGACGAGAAGAGAAACGACAUCAACCGAAAUUGUAUCAAGUAUCACCACGAUAUGGUCCACCCACACCACGAAAUGAUGAUAUUUAUAGAGAUUAUUAUUAUAAUUAUUCAUAAAUUACUUACUUUCUUAAUUGUACAGAAUAUUAUGUUUAUACAUGUAAUAUAUUUAUUGUUUUUUUUCGCUAACCCUUUAGCACUUAGCCUGCCCAAAUUAGGACUUCUUAGACUGCCCCAAAAUGCCCUGUCACAUCCACAGCUGUGGCGCCCUUAUGAACUAGUAGUAGUAAUACUGAAACCCUUCAGCACUUAGCCCACCCAAAACGCUCUGUCACAUCCACAGCUGUGACACCCUUAUGAACUAGUAAUACUGAAACCCUUCAGCACUUAGCCCACCCAAAUUAGGGCUCCUUAGACUGCCCCAAAAUGCCCUGUCACAUCCACAGCUGUGGUGUCCUUAUGAACUAGUAAUACUGAAAUCCUUUAGCAAUUAGUCCGCCAAAAUUAGGGCUCCUUAGACCGCCCCCAAAACGUCCUGUCACAUUGACAGCUGUGACGCCCUUAGUAAUACUGAAACCCUUCAGCACUUAGCCCACCCAAAUUAGAGCUUCUUAGACUGCCCCAAAACACCCGGUCACAUCCACAGCUGUGACGCCCAUACGAACUAGUAAUACUGAAACCCUUCAGCACUUAGCCCACCCAAAUUAGAGCUUCUUAGACUGCCCCAAAACACCCGGUCACAUCCACAGCUGUGACGCCCAUACGAACUAGUAAUACGGAAAGCUAUUCACAUAUCACAGACGGUUCGAGUGAGAGAGAUAAAUGGGGUCCACUCGACACAAACUAGGUCAUUUCGAGACUAACAUAUGGUUCAAUUUUAUUUCCAUAAAUCACUGGCACAUAGGGGUCUUUAGUAGUGGGAGGAAACCAGAGGACCCGGAGAAAACCCACGAGGUUGGACAGGCUACCCCACUUCUUGUCCAGACGGUUUGAGGCAGUCUAAGGAACAGCAGACUGGACUGUUUUGAUCUGUUCCGGGAUGUACUGGUGUUAAUAUAUCACUUUUCUCUAGUUUUUUUUUUCAAGGAGUAGUCAAUAUAUACAAGUACAUAUACCAACAUCCUCGGUAUUCCCAGUGGUCUCAUUCUGUUCCACUCCCCUAACCCCUGGAUUCAACCAUGGGGGCGACAUGUAUUCAAAUUACCUGCUAUGGAUAACUGUGCUAUUUUUAGCGACCAAUCAAAAAAAUCGCUAAAUACAAAGGAAGGGAAGUAACUAUUAUCUUGUUGCAACAAAGAAGGCUAAGACUGGUUUGUAAACUGAUUUUUGAUUGGGUCGUAGAAUCAAGCUACAAUCAAGGGCAGAUAAUUUAAAUACGUGAACCCAGGGUAUAGUGGAGUAGAACGGAAUGAGACCCCUGGGGAAACCGAGAAUGAUGUAGGCCUACCAAGUGCUAAAGGAUUAAUCUUGUACGGGUAAACCCAGAUUUAUUUUAGACAACUGUAUAAAAAUAUCUCUGUUAUUUUCUAAAUAAAUAUUUAAUAAUUA